AUGAAGUCACAGAAUUUAACAGGCGUCAUGGAAUUCCAACUUGUGGGACUCUCAGAUGAUUCAGAACUACAGCUUCUCUUCUUUGGGCUAUUUUUGAUAAUAUAUGUGGUCACAGUACUUGGGAAUCUGCUCAUUAUUUUGGCUGUCAGCUCAGCCUCACACCACCAGACCUCCAUGUACUUCUUUCUUUCUAACCUGUCUUUAGCUGACAUUGGCUUCAGUAAUACUACAAUUCCCAAAAUGCUGGUGAACAUCCAGACACACAGCAAAUCCAUCACCUAUGUAGGCUGUUUUACUCAAGUGUCCUUUUUUUUCCUUUUUGGAUGUUUGGACUCUCUACUGUUGUCUGUAAUGGCCAUUUGUCAGCCUUUACACUACCCCAUCAUCAUGAGCCCCUGCAUGUGUGGCUUGUUAAUACUGAUAUCAUUUUCCAUUAGUGUUCUGGAUUCCCUAGUACACUGCUUGAUGGUAUCACAACUUACAUUCUGUAUAGAUAUAGUAAUCCGUAAUUUCUUCUGUGAUCCUCCUCAACUCCUUAAGAUUUCCUGUGAUUAUAUCUCUACAUAUAACAUAUUAAUCUAUGUUAUUGGUGCUAUCUUUGGAGGUGUUCCAGUCUCAGGGAUUCAUUAUUCUUAUAUAAGAAUUAUUUCCUCUAUUGUGAGAGUUCCAUUGAUUAGUGGGAAAUACAAAGCCUUCCCCACCUGUGGCUCUCACCUUUUACUUGUGAGUGUAUUUUAUGGCACAGCCUUUGGCGCAUACUUCAGUUCCAUUGUUUCACAUAACCCUGGGAAGGUUAUGGUGGCCUCAGUGAUGUAUACCAUGGUCACACCCAUGCUGAACCCCUUUGUCUACAGUUUGAGGAACAGGGACCUCAAGAAGGCCCUAUGGAGGGUGUUCAGUAAAACAUUUAUAUGCUAG